AUGCCGGCUCCAACGUCUAGAUCAAUGUCAACAACUCCUCCUCGAGAUCUCCCUUCCCCAAACACAAGUUUGCCAACACCGGUGGCAUCCCCUCCUCACUUACCGCCGCUCCCAAGAAGAAGCUCAUACCUCAAGAAAGACUGUCAUUCUCAACGCUUUGGAACUAGUGCCCAGGUCUACCUCACUGCCAUACUGGAGUACCUAGCUGUUGAGGUUUGGAAGUUGGCUAGAAAUGCAGCAAAGGAUAACAAGAAGAAUAGGAUAAUCCUGAGGCAUGUUUUGUCGGCUAUGAGAAAUGAUGAAGAACUUGGGAAACUUCUAGCUUAA